UCAGGGGUUGCAUUCAGUUCAUCUCAACGAUUGCUACGUUGCGUGAUGGUUUAUCCUGAACAAUACGUUUCCCCAAAACGGUGCCGACCGUUCUUCAACAUAAUUUGAGGUACAUCUGCUCCUCUUUGGUGGGUGUGGCCUGAUCAGUACGGGGGAUACUAUUUGAAAUCGCAAAACUCGUUCAGCAAGUUACAUUUAGAACCGUUAUGUUGAAUUAAAGGUUGAACAUCGUGCUGUCUUACUGAACACACCCGUGUCCUGGUUGUGGAUUUUUGGGUGGGUUUGCGAGCGCUCAACCCGGACAGGCACCAAAAACGAGUUCCCCAUUCUGUGCUAGCCAGAUACAUGCACGUUACUGUAGCGUCCACAAUCAUAUGAAAGGAUGACCGAAAGCUCCGCGAACACGCCGGGGAAUGGACAAGUUUGUCACCGAGUGAAGAACGGCGUUAAACCGGGCAGAAAUGGCUUCAUAAAAAACCAUCACCAUUACCAUCAUCAGCAGCCGAUGUACUGCUAUCCCGAGGACAAGGUGCAGCACACAGCGUGUAAUGGCAGCAGCGGCCUGGGCCUGUACAGUCGUCCCUUCAUCGAGUCUUUUGAGGAAACGCCCAUGCUGGUGGCGGUCCUCACCUACAUGGGCUACGGCAUCCUCACCAUCUUCGGAUACCUCCGAGACUUCCUCCGGGACUGGAAGAUCGAGAGGCGUCACAUUGCCCGCGAGAGGGAGGAGCAGAGGGACUUUGUCCCACUUUACCAGGACUUUGAGAACUUUUACACCAGGAACUUAUACAUGCGCAUCCGUGACAGUUGGAACCGACCCAUCUGCAGUGUCCCGGGGGCCAAGGUGGACCUGGUGGAACGUGUGUCACCUGACUACAAUUGGACCUUUGACUACACAGGCAAAGUGGUUGAAGGUGUAAUAAACAUGGGUUCCUAUAACUACCUGGGCUUUGCUGAGAACACGGGUUACUGUGCUGACGCGUCCGCUGAGAUCACCAUGAAGUACGGGGUGGGCGUGGCCAGCACCAGGCAGGAGAUGGGUAACUUAGACAGACAUGAGGAGAUGGAGGAGCUGGUUGCUAAAUUCCUGGGCGUGGAGUCGACCAUGGCUUUCGGGAUGGGCUUCGCUACCAAUUCGAUGAACAUCCCUGCCCUUGCUGGCAAGGGCUGUCUAAUCCUAAGUGAUGAGCUGAACCAUGCCUCUCUGGUCCUGGGAGCCAGGCUGUCUGGGUCCACCAUCCGUGUGUUCAAACACAACAACAUGCAAAGUCUGGAGAAGAUGUUGAGAGAUGCCAUAGUCCACGGCCAGCCCAGAACACACAGGCCAUGGAAGAAGAUUCUCAUACUGGUGGAGGGAAUAUACAGUAUGGAAGGCAGUAUAGUACGUCUACCUGAAGUCAUAGCUCUGAAGAAGCGCUACAGGGCCUAUCUGUACCUGGAUGAGGCCCACAGUAUUGGGGCUUUGGGGCCAGAGGGCCGAGGUGUAGUCGACUACUUUGGUCUGGACCCCCGAGACGUGGACGUCAUGAUGGGGACGUUCACCAAGAGCUUCGGCGCCGCUGGGGGCUACAUCGGAGGCAAGAAGGAGUUGAUGGAGUACCUGCGUUCCCACUCUCACAGUGCGGUGUACGCCGCGUCCAUGUCACCUCCUGUCGUGGAGCAGAUCAUCGCUUCUAUGAAGUGCAUUAUGGGGGAGGACGGGACGACGCUAGGUCGUGAUCGCGUGCAGCAGUUGGCAGAGAACACGUUGUAUUUCCGUCGGAGACUGACAGAGAUGGGCUUUAUCAUCUACGGAAACAACGACUCGCCCGUAGUUCCCAUGAUGCUCUACAUGCCGGCCAAGAUCGGGGCGUUUGGUCGAGAGAUGCUGAAGAGGAACAUCGGGGUGGUGGUGGUGGGCUUUCCAGCCACACCCAUCAUCGAGUCCAGAGCACGAUUCUGUAUCUCUGCCGCUCACACCAAAGACAUGCUCGACACGCUUCCUCUUCCUAGUGCAGCGUUUCCCAAACUCAGGCCCUGAGUGUGAUCAGUGAGGUAGGAGACCUACUGCAGGUCAAGUACUCCAGACACAAGAGACUGCCCUCUCUGGACUGAGUCGUCGACCAUAGCAUCUACGACCAGAUACAAGACUGAACUGGACCAGAGUGGACUAGACCGGAUCUGACCAGAUUGGACUGGCAGUCUUCCACACCCAGAACCAAAAUGUGCUCGCCUUGAUGUCACAGAACCACUUUAUUCAUCUAACACAAGGUUUUAACUUUCACACGCCUGCCUUAUUUUACCAGGAAACUCACCGCAUCAUGGCGAAGAAGGAAGAAAAAAAACACAGAAAACAUUUAUUUUUUCAAACGAUUAUUUCUUACCUCUGUUUUGUCUUAAAUAAUGAAAUGUUAGGUCUGCUUCUUAAUUUAUUGUGGUAUUUUGUUUCUGGAGGAUUAGUAGACUGAGGACUGCUUAUGCGUGCUUGUAGCUGCUUUAUGUCAUGCUUAUGUCAUGUCAUCUCUGAUGUGUGUUUGGGAGAAACGGUGUGAUUUGGAAAGACCAACCUAACUGUAGCUUACGAAGCUUUCGGGAUACUCAUCCCGAACCGAAGUAUUUAACAUUUUUGGAGGAGAGAUGAAGAACAAGAAGAAUCAACACAAACAAACAAACUCAAUGGUGAUUUCUAAAGGUCAUAAAACACACAGUGAGUGUCUGUUAGAAGUUUCCCUUAGGUACAGAUCUAGGACCAGCUUACCAUCCCCAAAACCUAUCCUUACCCAUUGGGGGUGAAAUGUAUAACUGGCCUUAGCACAGUGUCAAGGGGCAACGUUAUCCUACUCUACUCAGUGAUGGUAUUGCUAUGAAGUACAGUUUAGGAGUGCUUUGAGAUGCAUGUCUGGUGUAACCGACUCCUGGAGCUAAACCUUGCUGUUCUAACUUGCAGCCAGGAACCCGUGUCUUACUUGAAUCUCUAACUAUGUUCUCUUUCCAAAGUAUUUAUGAUUUUUAUUUACAGAUGACUAUAUCUCGUAACAGGUCAGAGUGAGAGAUGUUGUACCAAGGCCUUUACUUUCAGAUGAGCUAUGAGCACAUCACUCCUCCUCGCUCGUAUCCACUAGCCCUUGGUUCCAGGCUGUUUCAGCUGUAGCUCCUAACCACAGAUCGAGGAUCAGAUUAUUCUACCCCGAUCCUAACGUUAUCAUUAGGGGGAUGAACAACUAUAUGACCCAGUAUCGGUGGUUUGGGAAAAACUCCACCCACUCCAGUAGGAAAAAGUCGUAUCCAGGGAAACGGAUCUAUCAGAUGGGGGGGGGGGGGACUUAGUCAAGACAGACUUAGUCUUAACCAAACGUGUGUGUGACAGAGAGAGUUGUUUAAUGUACAGAUUUAUUUAUUCAUGUUUCCAUGUUUUUUUCUCAAUUUGGAAAAAAUGUAACAUUUGAUCACUGGCAGCUCUGAAGCCAUGUCCUGCAUGCACAUACUUCUACACCUCUGACUGAUCACAGUGCAAUCACUACUGAUGAGUAUUUUAUCGUUUGGCACACCUUAGCGACGCAUGUACAGUAUGACGUAGUCACUGACGCUGCUAGUACACCAAGAAACAAGGUGCUCAACCUGAACUCAUUCCAAAAUUACUGAUUUUAAUGUAUGAAAUUGAUAUAUCACUUUGAAGACAAGGUUCUGUUGGAGUAAAAAAAAAAAAAAAAAAAAAGAUUCUUUCUUUGAGAGUUUAUUAAUAUAAGUGACCUGCAAAGAGCUGAAGUAGAGACAUUAAGAUCGUUUAAAAUAUAGAGAACUAAAUAGAUUUUUCAUUCAUUUUUCUUACUGUACAAAGAACUGUCUCACAAUGACGAAUGAUUUGACUCAUACAGCUAGCUAUUUUUUUUCCCCUCAAAGUUUGAAGUAAAUCUGCACUGGAUGUGUGUGAAAAUGUCUUUUGUAUAUUUCUAUUUUUCUUGUUUGCACAAAGAGAAAUACAACAUGAUACUGAUGAGGUUUCAAAGUCUUAAUGUCAAACUUCUUAAGAUGUCAACACUGUCCUUCUGCCUCAUGUGUGGAUGACCUGUCUCUCAGGUGAGAUACAGGGUGUGAGUGGCCAUUCAACUGCUUUAAAACUACAUGUAUGUGUUCUAACAUAACUUGGAUGUGCUACAAAUAGUGCAUAAUAAUAGCUGUACUUUUUUUUUGGAAUCAAAGAAAAAUGCAGUGUUUGCUACAUAUCAGUGGAUGACCUAUUUGUAACUGUUUCACUCAUGUUACGGACAACAAGAUGUCAUUAAAAUAAUGUAACAACG